AUGAGUGUGAAAGAGGAAGAGAGGGCUCUGCUGCUAACUGGACUCCUGUGUAUUCACUGCAGUGCGAAACACACAGGGGUGGGGGAUCCACAACAUCUGGGAACCAUCAGGCCAAAAGAGCCUCAGAUCAAGAGAUUCCAGUCCCGACCCUGUGUCCCCUCUCCCAGCACAGCACCUCCAGCAGCACCUUUCCUCUCCAUCUGUCUGCCCCAGUCUUCCUCUCCUCCCCUCACACUGCCCAUCAUUUCCAUCCCCCCACCUCAGCCUCCCCUCGACCUGCUCUGUCUGCAGGAGCACAGCUGUGUGUGGCUCAGAGCACAUUGUCUCAUAUUGUCCAGCGCUGCCAUCCGACUUGGAAGAGCUGUGCUGAGCCAGGCCGGUCUUAGCCAGAGCAGUCCCAGUGGGGGUUUGAGGAGCUAG